AUGUUGGAGCAGUUCGUGAAGUUUUGCUCCUCGAGCUCGUUAGCAUGCGCUGAAACUACGAGCUGCAGAUUUAACUUAAAUCACGUUGUGGCUCCGCCCCCGUCCCUCCUCACGUUACCGCAGCAACCAACAUCAGACUCGGAGCGCGUUUUUGCCAAAGAGAAGAAGAAGAAGAAGAAGAAGAAGAAGAAGAAGACGGCGUUUGUUAGAGGAAGUCCCCCCCGCCUGCAGCUGCUGCCUACGGGGGGCGCUGUUCUCACCUCAGAGGAGGCCUACAUGGCCCUGGUGGACCAGUGCUUCCCUGACGAGACCAAUGUGAAGGAGGACUUUGCUCCGCCCCUGUCGGGGAUGCCGGGUCAGUUCCCGGUCUACCUGCGUCUCCCCUACAGGACGGACUCGUACUUCUGCUUCACCCAGCAGGACAAGCAGGCCGCCUUCAUCUCCAUCCUGUCGGACUGCAUCCGCCACCAGAACCAGGACUUCCUGAAGAAGAGGACGUGUGAGGUGCAGGCCUUCCUCAAAGCGGUCCAGCUCUACAGACAGGACCGGGGCAGAUACGAGGCCUGGGGCAUGCUCAUAGGGAGUGAUGUCAGGGUGAUGGCCAACGAGGUGAUGGAGCAGCUGUUGCCGUCUCUUCAGAUCGACCUGCUGCCUCGCCUCAAAGCCAAGAAGACGGAGAAGAGGAGAGUCUGGUUCGCUACGGUGGAGGCGGCCUACGUCCUGGUCCAGGAGCAUCUGCUGGAGGGACUCUCGGCGCUGAAGGAGGACUGUCGAGCGUCGGUCCGGCAGCAGGAGGUCCUCAUGCACUCCGACAUGGACCAGAUCCUCAGCUCCAGACGCCAGCUGGAGGACAAAGUCCGAGGUAACAGACGCCAUCUCCUGGAAAUGGUGAAGGAGGCGACGAGCCUGAAGAAGUUCAACCUGUUCACAGACAGCCGAGACCUGCUGAGCCAGUCCAGUCGCUCCAGCCUCUCGUCCCCGUCCCCGUCCGUCUCCACGCCGGGCAGCCCCGCCAUGGCGCUCGCCUCCCCCUCUAAAACCUCCUCCGAGCACCAGUCCAGGUCUCCUCUGGCGCUCGACGGUCUCCCGUCCUGUCCCCCGAGGGACGAGCAGACGGGGGCGGAGACCGGCGACGAGACCGUCUUUGAGAGCCCUCUGCAGAAGGUUGAACAACCGUCGGUAGUUGAGACUCCAGCGUCGGCAGAUUCAACCAAGCAGACGCAGGAAGUGAACGUAGAAACCGCUCCAGAGGACGUGGUCCAAGAGGAAGUGGUCUCCGUCAAGACGGCAGAGGAGCCUCAGAGACAGAGCACAGACCCUCCAACAGAGGGAAAAACCACUUUGUCAGAAACACCCACGGUUGUAGAAAGCAUAAAGACCCAGAUAGAAGCACCUGUACAGAGUCCUGGGGCCCAAACUGCAUCCAGCAGUGAAGAGGAGACACACUGUGAAAAGCCAGCGGCGCCCUCUGGUGGUCAAACGCCCGCACCACACCCACCUGCAGACAUCGGCGCAGACCUGAGUCUCCAGGAAGCAGAACCGGUCAACGUCUCGGGCUCAGACUCUCUGGACGUGUCGGUAGGAAGCGCGUCGUCCCCGGAGGGAGUGAAAACGCCGCAGACCACCGAGGAGAACGAGGUCUCAACGGCUUCUGAUGUCUUGGAGGACGCCGGCAACGUCGCUAAAUCACCUGAGAGCUCGGACGAUUCAGUGAAGGAAGCUGCGAGCGCCGAGCCGUCUCCAGGUGCUCCAACCUCUCCGCCCGCCGGGGAAGCAAUGGCGUCCAUCUCCGAAGCGGCGCCCGACUGCAUCAAGCAGAUCCGGGACCUGGUGAUGGAGGUGUUCGAGGUGGAGGAGCUGGUGCAGCGCUACCCCGACGGGGUUCCAAAAGUGGAGGAAUGAAGCGUCACACGUCCUCUUCAGCAAGACGAAGGGACAAAAUUAAAGACAGGACCGUAGCAACAGGCCGUCCGAGUCAAAGACAUUUGUUCUCAAUUGUUCUCAGUCCUGAGAAACUUAAAAGAAGACAUAUGCAUGACACUAUGGUGAAUUAUUUAUACGAUCAUUCACACACAUCAAUACAUCAGCGUCGGUGUCUUUCAGUGAUUUGUUUUUGCAGAGAUUGUGAAGAAGUUUCUGGAAAGUGCAUUUAAGAAGCAAAGCUUGUAGAUUUAUUUUGAAGGAAUAGUUUUUUUUUUAGACAUUUAAAAAAAAACAACCCUUUUCUUUCUUUCUGGGGGUCGUAGGACGUAAAGAUGGAUUUCAAUCUGUAUGUGAGACAUGCUUAGCUUAGCUUAGUUUAGCUUAGCAUAGCUUAGCAUAAAGUCUAGAGU